GGAGCCGGGGGCGGCCAUGGGGAACAUCUCCUCCAACAUCUCCGCCUUUCAGUCCCUGCACAUCGUCAUGCUGGGCCUGGACUCGGCCGGGAAGACCACGGUGCUUUACCGGCUGAAGUUCAACGAGUUCGUCAACACCGUGCCCACCAUCGGCUUCAACACGGAGAAGAUCCGGCUGAGCAACGGCACGGCCAAGGGCAUCAGCUGCCACUUCUGGGACGUGGGCGGCCAGGAGAAGCUGCGCCCGCUCUGGAAGUCCUACAGCCGCUGCACCGACGGCAUCAUCUACGUGGUGGACUCGGUGGACGUGGACCGGCUGGAAGAAGCCAAGACGGAGCUGCACAAGGUGACCAAGUUCGCCGAGAACCAAGGCACGCCGCUGCUGGUCAUCGCCAACAAGCAGGACCUGCCCAAGUCGCUGCCCGUGGCCGAGAUCGAGAAGCAGCUGGCGCUGCACGAGCUGACCCCUUCCACCACCUACCACAUCCAGCCGGCCUGCGCCAUCAUCGGCGAGGGGCUGACCGAGGGCAUGGACAAGCUCUACGAGAUGAUCCUCAAGCGGAGGAAGUCCCUUAAGCAGAAGAAGAAGCGGUAGAAGCCCGCAGAUGUGCGGACGGCUGGGAGAGCAAACAAAGGAACAGAGGAGGAGAGAGAACCAAAGCGAUCCUUUUUUUGUUGGUUGAUGGGGGUUUUUUUUUUGUUGUUGUUUUUUUUUCUUCCCCUUUUUAUUCCGGUGUGAGUGUGUGGUUUUUUUUAAUUUUUUUAUUUUUUUGUCCCUUUCCGAUUGAAACGACUACAAUAGCGGUGAUAACAAUGCCACUCCUGCAAGCCAAGCCCAGAUCCUGACUGCAGGAUCUCCUCCUCCUGCUCUCCCCUUUGCCCGCCGCCCUAUCCCCGGCCAUAGGGCAGCAUGGAGCAGGGGUAGGGCACUGCUCCCAAACCCCUGAGCCCCAUGGCCGGGCUGGAGAUGCUCUGAGCGGGGCGAGACGCCGCGGGCGGCCGAGAGCCCACGGAGCUGGGGCAGCCCCCCAGCUCUCCUCCGUGCCUGGGGGUCUGACUGCUGCUGGGGGGCAAACCUAGGGGUGAACAGGGCAGGACCCUGUGCAAGUGCAUUUGAGAGGCCAAAGGUGAGGCUACAGCUGUGCAAGGUCAGCCAACGGAGGCUUGGAGCAGCACAGUGUGGGGGAGACGACCGAGGGAUGAAACGUGACCGCCGGGACAGAACCCCAGCAUGGGGACAGAACCCUGCGAAGGGGACGAAACCCUCUGAAGGGGGCAGAAUGUGGCCAGAAGGACAAAAAGAAGGACAGAGCCUGGCUAAGGGGACAGAACCUGGCCAAGAGGACAAAUACCCCUCCAAAAGGACAACACAGCCCCUCUGCAGGCUGGUGUUUUAGGAAGGACAGACAGCUUUCAUGCAAUGCCGGAGCAGCUGGAGGUGCAUAUCAGCUGGUGACUGGUGCUGAGCUUUAAGCUGUUUGCUUAAAAAAAAGAAAAGAAAAAGGAGGAGGGAGGGGGGAAGCGGCACGGGGUCCAGGAGCCCCCGUUUUCUAAAGCUUGGUUGUGGCAUCUCCUGCAGCAAAGCCACAGGAGGUCUUUAUCGUGCCCAGGCAAAGGCAUGCUCCAAGGUGCUAAUCUGCUCCGAUCGGGGUGAUCCAAAAUACGGAUUACUUUGAAAAAGGAAAAAAAAAAAAAAAACAAAAGCUUUGUACACCACCGCGUGGAUUGAUCACCGUGCUGCUCUGCGAGUCGGGGGGAAGGUUGGGGCGGGGGGUCUGUGGCAGCAGAAGGCAGGACGGGCAGGUGCCAGCACUGCGCGGUGCAAUGGGCAAAGCUUGCCCAGUCCUGCCAGAAGGUUGCAAAAUCCAGCAGGAAAAGGGACUCGGCAGCGCCGGGAAAAUGUAAAGAGUUGGGAGAGGGGGGUGGGAAGCAUGGGGCAGAAGGGAGGUUAUUUUUUUAUCAAGAUUUAAACCCACUGAAAGCAGAGAGCCCCCAGUUGCCAGCAGGUUCGUUCCUGGUUUCCUGGAGGGCUGAGUGCUCGGGGCAGGGGCAGGCCCCGUGGUUUCCUUCUGCAGGUGGAGGUUUGGUAGCAGGGUGGGAGCGCUCCAGCCUGGAACCGUCGCCCUGCAGGACAAAGGCAGGGGCCCCGCUUCCCGCGCUUCCCACUGAAAGAAUGGGGGAGGCCCAGGCAGCCCUCAGGGCCGAACGUGCUGAAUUUCAAGCCGCAGUUGGGCAGGAUUCUGCAGUGGUUUUACUGUUAGAAAACCCUCCCCAAAGCAGCCAAGGAAACCACCGAGCAGACAAAGAAAAAAUGCCCUCGGGUUUCAGGGAGUUGAUUCUCCCGUUGCAGCCACGAGCGAAUGAGCACGGUACCUUUCGCAGCGUUUCGUUGGAAAAGCAAACGCUGCAGCCGGGCAGCGUGGCCCUUCUUUUGCAGGGUUUGAGUCCCUACGAGUCCUGACUUGUGCGUUGAGCGAGUGGGCUGGUCCCAUCCCUUCAGGAGGCUCUGUUCCUGCUUCCUUAGGUUUGCUUUGCUCAGUCUUCACCCCGAAUACUUUGGUACUUGGUGCUGGGAGAGAAAACAGUAUUUAUUUUUCGAUGCCACGGAAGCCAAACGCUUUAACCUUCAUUGGUGAAGUAAAGAACUCCUUUUUCCCACCGUCUCAAAAGCGAGCAGGUUUGAAACAGAGCAAGUGCAGGUGUUAGCUGUGUGCUUUGCCUCCUCGCUGGCGAGAGGUGGGUCUUGGUUCUGCAGACACCAGCAUUGAAGUUAUGAGGUGUGUGUCUGCUGAGCUCGGUCCUUCCCAGGGACCGCUCUCUGCUCAGCAACCCCAUUGAGAAGCAUCUGCCUUCCAGCUGGGCUUUAGGCAUGUGCUCACCUUACCUGCCUCAAGGCUCAAGACCUGAAAGCUCAGGUGGGACGCUGUCAUGGUGCCAUUCCCACCAGUUCUGCUUUCUGCAAUAAUUAAAAUCACUUCUCCAAUUAGUUGCUAAUGGCUUCUGUGGCAUUACCCUAACGUUUCACAACUGUGUGCUGAAUGACAAUGAGCGUCGCCUAAGGUGGGCUGGAAGAGGUGCUUCAACAAAAUGACAGUUGAAGGAAAUUGCCUGUGUUGUUGCUCUGAGCCUUUUGCCGGGUUUUGUCGUCUCUGAAUACGUUGGAAUGACCCUUUUUUUUUUUUUUAGCAGACGUUUUGGGGUACCGCUGUGGUUUCGUGGGGGUACCUUGCCGUGUUCCCAACAGUGUCUGAAAUCCCACUGCCCACGUCUCAGCCCUGCCGCUGACCACCAGUCUCUGUCCUUCCUGUCUUUCCUCUUUUUCUAAAAAAUGCAGACAUAAUGCUGUGAACUGAAAUAAAUUAUUUAUACAGUGAAAGGG